CAGCAGCAGCAGCAGCAAGCAGCGCGUGUGUGUCCGCGGAGGUCUUCUUCAGGGGGGACAGGUGACAGAGAGAGACACUCGGCGUGCAUCGGUGGACAUUACUGCUGUUUCCUUCCCCCGCAGCGCACCGCACCGCACUCCCUCCCGCCGCCUCAGUAGAUGUUACUCAACUACAUGCAUUUCGACCCGAUCUUGUAAGCCCAGUCCGCCACCAUGGAAAAUGCGCACACUAAAUCGGCGACUGAAGUUUUGGACAACUUCGGUGUGAACGAGAACACCGGGCUGACUCUGGAGCAGGUCAAAGUCAAUGUGGAGAGAUAUGGACCGAACGAGCUCCCAGCUGAAGAAGGAAAGUCCCUGUGGGAGCUGGUGGUGGAGCAGUUUGAAGACCUCCUGGUCAGGAUCCUGCUGCUCGCCGCCUGCGUCUCCUUUGUGUUGGCUCUGUUUGAGGAGGGAGAGGAGACGACCACCGCCUUUGUGGAGCCUGUUGUUAUUCUCCUCAUCCUGAUCGCCAACGCUGUUAUCGGGGUCUGGCAGGAGCGGAACGCAGAGAGCGCCAUCGAGGCGCUGAAAGAGUACGAGCCAGAGAUGGGGAAGGUGUACCGCAUGAACCGCAAGGCCGUCCAGAGGAUCAAAGCCAGAGACAUCGUCCCCGGAGACAUCGUGGAGGUGGCGGUUGGUGAUAAGGUGCCCGCUGACAUCAGAGUGACCUCGAUAAAGUCCACCACCCUGCGAGUGGACCAGUCCAUCCUCACAGGGGAGUCGGUGUCCGUCAUCAAACACACGGACCCCGUUCCUGACCCCCGAGCCGUCAACCAGGACAAAAAGAACAUGCUGUUUUCUGGCACAAACAUCGCGGCGGGCCGAGCCAUCGGGGUCGUCGUUGCUACCGGCGUUUCCACGGAGAUCGGAAAGAUCCGUAAUCAGAUGGCCGCUACGGAACAAGAGAAGACACCUCUGCAACAGAAGCUGGACGAGUUCGGACAGCAGCUCUCCAAGGUCAUCUCGCUCAUCUGCGUGGCCGUGUGGGUCAUCAACAUCGGCCACUUCGGAGACCCCGUCCACGGCGGCUCCUGGGUCAGAGGGGCCAUCUACUACUUUAAGAUCGCCGUGGCGCGUGUGGCCGCCAUCCCCGAGGGCCUGCCCGCUGUCAUCACCACCUGCCUGGCCCUCGGCACGCGCCGCAUGGCCAAGAAGAACGCCAUCGUUCGCAGCCUGCCAUCAGUGGAGACGCUGGGCUGCACCUCCGUGAUCUGCUCUGACAAGACGGGAACCCUGACCACCAACCAGAUGUCCGUCUGCAGGAUGUUUAUUGCUGACAAAGUGGAAGAUUCCAGCUGCAGCCUCCACGAGUUCUUUAUAACUGGAUCUACGUAUGCCCCCGAGGGACAAAUUCUUAAAGGAGACAAACCCAUCCAGUGUGGAGACUUUGAUGGACUUUUGGAGUUGGCUACCGUGUGCUCCAUGUGCAAUGACUCGUCACUGGACUACAACGAGGCUAAAGGCGUUUAUGAGAAGGUGGGUGAAGCCACAGAAACGGCUCUCACCACGCUGGUGGAGAAGAUGAACGUCUUCAAGACUGACCUGUCCGGACUCAGCAAGGUGGAGCGUGCCAGCACCUGCAACUCGGUGAUCAAGCAGCUCAUGAAGAAGGAGUUCACCCUGGAGUUCUCCCGGGACCGCAAGUCCAUGUCUGUGUACUGCACCCCCGUCAAGCCGGGCUCCCAGAGCAAGAUGUUCAUCAAGGGAGCUCCAGAGAGCGUGAUCGAGCGCUGUCAGUACCUGCGGGUGGGGACGGGGAAGGUGACGUUGACCCCAGCGCUGAAGGACCAGCUGCUGUCCAAGAUCAGAGACUGGGGGACGGGCAGGGACACCCUGCGCUGCCUCGCCCUCGCCACCCACGACGUCCCGCCACGCAGAGAGGACAUGGACCUGGAGAACUCCAGCAAGUUUGUGGAGUAUGAGUUGGGUCUGACGUUCGUCGGCUGCGUCGGCAUGCUCGACCCGCCCAGGAAGGAGGUGAUCGGCUCGGUGAAGCUGUGCAGCGAGGCGGGCAUUCGUGUCAUCAUGAUCACCGGGGACAACAAGGGCACGGCCGUGGCCAUCUGCAGACGCAUCGGCAUCUUCGGCGAGGACGAGGACGUGAUGGGAAAGGCCUACACGGGCCGCGAGUUCGACGACCUCCCGCCCGAGGCGCAGAGAGAGGCCGUCAAACAGGCGCGAUGCUUCGCCCGCGUCGAGCCCGCUCACAAGUCCAAGAUCGUGGGAUACCUGCAGUCGUUCGAUGAGAUCACCGCCAUGACGGGAGACGGGGUGAACGACGCCCCCGCCCUGAAGAAAGCGGAGAUCGGCAUCGCCAUGGGCUCGGGCACCGCCGUGGCCAAGUCUGCGUCCGAGAUGGUUCUGUCCGACGAUAACUUCUCCACCAUCGUGGCGGCCGUGGAGGAGGGCCGAGCCAUCUACAACAACAUGAAGCAGUUCAUCAGAUACCUCAUCUCCUCCAACGUGGGGGAGGUGGUCUGCAUCUUCCUGACGGCCAUCCUGGGGCUCCCCGAGGCUCUGAUCCCGGUGCAGCUGCUGUGGGUGAAUCUGGUGACGGACGGGCUGCCGGCCACCGCCCUCGGCUUCAACCCCCCGGACCUGGACAUCAUGGACAAACCCCCCCGCAACCCCAAAGAGCCGCUCAUCUCCGGCUGGCUCUUCUUCAGAUAUCUCGCCAUCGGAGGAUAUGUGGGUCUGGGGACGGUGGGUGCUGCAACAUGGUGGUACCUGUUUGACGAAGAAGGUCCACAAGUGACUUUCUAUCAGCUGAGACACUUCAUGCAGUGUACAGAGGACAACCCCAUGUUCAAGGACAUCGACUGUGAGGUGUUUGAGUCCCGCUACCCCACGACCAUGGCCCUGUCUGUGCUGGUCACCAUCGAGAUGUUCAACGCGCUCAACAGUUUGUCUGAGAACCAGUCCCUGCUCAGGAUGCCUCCCUGGGUCAACAUCUGGCUGCUGGGAGCCAUCAUCCUCUCCCUCUCCCUCCACUUCCUGAUCCUCUACGUCGAGCCUCUGCCGCUGAUCUUCCAGGUGACCCCUCUGCGCUGGUCCCAGUGGAUCAUGGUCCUGAAGAUUUCCAUCCCAGUCAUCCUCCUGGACGAGGCACUGAAAUACAUCUCCAGGAACCAUCUAGAUGCCUAAAUUCUUUAUAUCUCACCUUCUGUGAAAAGGUGAUGAAGACAAGAAAUAUCGGAGGAGAUGGCAGCUGAAC